UCUGCGCAUGCUCGUAAUUCCUAAACUGUUGUUCGAGAGUCGUGUUUGUUUUGCGUGUGUGUUACGAGAAAAAACAGCGACGUGUGCAUUUUUAGUUCGGCAAAGUUGGCUAGAAAUUAAUUUAGCCUGCAUUACUUCUAAUGCUGUUGGGCGCUGCUUACUUUUAAUUUUGCAUGCGCUUUCUGGCUUAGCUCAGCAGCUGUCAGUCGCACACCUGCAGGGUGGGCGCAGCUUCCUAGUCCGCUUUAAGGAGGCGUGUGCCGAGCCUCCAGUCCAGCGGGAAAGUGCACAACCUGGCCAGGCUCCUGCCGCGUCAGCUGAGCUGCUUUCGGCUUGUCCCUUCGCCACCGGCCCGCGCCCAAAAGGCUAAUAGCAUUUGCCGGAGAGCUAUGGCCUCCAGAGCCCUGAAGAACCCUUACAAAGACUAUGAUGGGACGCCAGCCUGCGCGCAAGGCUUGUUCGACGAUAAAGGCAGACUCACCUCUGAUUUCAUUGGCCGCCUGCGUGCUAAGGUCACAGAGCUGCUGUCCCAAAUGGAGAAUGGGCUGCGGUCUGCCGACCCCAGGGACUGCAGCGGCUACACUGGAUGGGCAGGCAUCGCCCUGCUAUACCUACAUCUCGACAGUGUGUUCGGGGAGUCCUCCUUCCUGCAGAGGGCGCUAGACCACGUGAGCCGCAGUCUACAAUGCCUGACACGCCGCACUGUAACCUUCCUGUGUGGCGAUUCGGGCCCGUUGGCUGUGGCAGCUGUGGUCUACCACAGGCUGGGGAGAAGCCAGGAGGCCGAGGAGUGCUUGGGCAGGCUGCUCCAGAUGCACGAGUCAGUCGUGAAGGGGAAGGGGAACCUUCCAGACGAGUUGCUUUAUGGCCGAGUGGGAUACUUGUAUUCCCUGAUCUUCAUCAACCAGCAGUUUGGGCAUGAGAAGGUUCCUUCCCAGUACAUACAACAGAUUUGUGAGGCCGUCUUGGCCUCUGGGGAGAACCUGUCCAGGAAGCGGCAGACUCAGGAGCAAACGCCCCUGCUGUAUGAGUGGUACCAGGAAUACUACGUGGGGGCAGCACACGGCCUGGCGGGAAUCUACUACUUCCUCAUGCAGCCAGGUUUCGGGGUGGGUGAGGAGAGGCGUCUGAGACUCGUAAAGCCCAGCGUCGACUACGUCCAACGGCUGAAGUUUCCGUCGGGGAACUACCCGCCAUGCAUCGGUGACUCGCGCGACCUGCUGGUUCACUGGUGCCACGGCUCACCCGGGGUGAUCCACAUGCUCCUGCAGGCCCACAAGGUGUAUGGUGGUGAUGGCUACCUGGGAGACGCGCUGCAAUGCGGGGAGGUUAUUUGGACCUGGGGCCUGCUGCAGAAGGGCUAUGGUCUGUGCCAUGGGGCAGCGGGUAACGCCUACGCCUUCUUGGCUCUGUACAAGGCCACAGGCGACCUUAAGCACCUCUACAGGGCCUGCAAGUUUGCGGAGUGGUGUAUGGACUACGGAAAACAUGGCUGCCGUACCCCGGACACGCCCUUUUCACUGUUUGAAGGUAUGGCUGGCACCGUCUACUUCCUUGCUGACCUGACUCAGCCUCUGAGGUCAAAGUUCCCAGCCUAUGAGAUCUGAUGGAUUCCCCUCCGUCUUGGCACAAUCACCCACGCGGUCGCUGUUCAUGCCUGCAAGCAAAUCCCGCUUUGACCCCCGGCAAACGCCGCCCCACAGUGCCACAGAGCUGCUGGUGUGGGUGUAGUGGAGUCAGGCUUGGUCUCCCUGUAGGUCGCUCUCUGGCUCCACCCCCAUGAUUUUUGGUUUGAAGACACUCAGGUUCAGGAGGUCUGGCAGGGUAAUGCUUUGCAUCCCCAAUAAACGACACCUCGCCUCCGGACGGGCGAGUAUGGAGAAGAAGAAGAAGAAGGACGGGGUAACCUGGUUAUGGUGGGUGAACUAAGCAUCCCUUCAUAAUUAUUUUUUUACUAAUAUGUGAUAGCACUUCUUUUUUGCUGAUGUCAGUUUUUAUAUCCGAGUUUCAACUUUUUUCCAUACCAAUAUGCACUUGUCACAUAACUCGCCUCGAUGAAGAGUCUCCUCUUUUCUUAAAAUAUUACUAUUUAGUUUUGUGAGAAUUUUUUGCCGUCACUGAACAGUAAAAUAAAGUUUCAUGUCACUGUCAUUAAGCUGUUAGACCAUUUCAGUUAAUAGUUUUCACAGGAGGUGACUGUGACUGUGACCUGUCCUGUGGGGUAUUUACCUAUUUACUGGGUAUUAAUAAGGUACUCGUACUAAUGUUUUCCAUUAAGUAGGAAGAGUUCUGUAGCUUUCGUUUGCAUGUAGCUGGUAGGUGAUGUUUGGUGAGCUUUGUGGACAUUAGCACCUUGGGGCUUUGCACACACUGCUGUCUGCAGUCCAGAACUGCUACUCAUUGAAAAAAUAAUAAAGUGUUUGAAAUCUGUCGCACCAAA